UGUAACUGUCCAGUGCAAGCAGCAGUGCAGUUCUCUCAGUAAUGGAUCUAUAAUGGACGUAUGGUGACUCUAUGAUGAAAGCAUGCUGGCUGUAUGAUGGCUGUGUGAUAAAUAUGACGUAGUUAUGAAGUAAUUGUUGUCCUGCACUGUGGGAUGUUGGUUCCCACCGCAAGGGAAAUCCUGUGCGUGGGCUGAAUGCACCAGAAUAUGGGCGUGAAUCAGACACGAGAGUUGCCGGUGUUUGAUCAAGAUGAAGACGUUAACUUUGACCACUUCCAGAUUCUCAGAGCCAUUGGAAAAGGGAGUUUUGGUAAGGUGUGUAUUGUCCAGAAACGUGACACACGGAAGUUGUACGCGAUGAAGUACAUGAAUAAACACGCGUGUGUUGAGCGUGACGAGGUGAGGCACGUAUGCCGGGAGCUACAGAUCCUGCAGGAGAUACAGCACCCGUUUCUUGUCAACCUGUGGUAUUCAUUUCAGGAUGAAGAGGACAUGUUUAUGGUUGUUGAUCUGUUACUGGGUGGAGAUCUACGCUACCACCUGCAGCAGAAUGUGCAGUUUAAAGAGGAGACAGUAAAACUCUACAUCUGUGAGCUAGCACUAGCACUCGACUACCUACAGUCCUGCCAUAUUAUUCAUCGAGACAUAAAACCAGAUAACAUUCUGCUGGAUGAGCACGGACAUGUCCACAUCACAGACUUUAACGUAGCCACAUUACUAAAGGACUCUGCAACGGCUACAUCUAUGGCAGGAACCAAACCAUACAUGGCCCCUGAGAUGUUUCAGUCAUUUGUAGAUGGUGGUCCUGGUUAUUCUUACGCUGUGGAUUGGUGGGCUUUGGGUAUCACGGCAUAUGAGCUCUUACGAGGAUGGAGGCCAUAUGAUAUCCAUUCCAGUACGGCUGUUGAGGACAUCGUCAGCAUGUUCCGCUGUGAACAUGUACGAUACUCGAGCUCCUGGUCUAACGCCAUGGUGUCUCUCCUGCGCCUGCUGCUUAAGAAAGACCCAGAGGUUAGGCUGUCAUGUGUGUCAGACAUUCAGCGCCUCCCGUACCUGGCAGAUAUCAACUGGGAUGCCGUGCUGGAGAAAGGAGUUUCCCCUGGGUUUACCCCCAACAGGGGACGACUGAACUGUGACCCUGUGUUUGAGUUAGAAGAAAUGAUUCUGGAGUCAAAGCCGCUGCACAAAAAGAAGAAACGACUGGCUAAGAGCAAAUGCACCAACAAAUCAUCCAACACGCUGCCACCUCACAUGCAGCAGCGUCUAGAAACAGUCAGAAAGGAGUUCAUCAUCUUCAACAGAGACAAGUUACAAAAGCAGCCUGACGGUGCAAAGAAAGGAUCUUCACUAAAAAGACCAGAUAGACUACAGGAAGGACACAGCCACUAUGAUAACACGCACACUGUCAAAGCUAAAACAAAAGCACACUCAGGCUUGGUAAAAAAAUCCAGUCCAGAUUCACACUGAACAACACCACAACCUUCUUCUAUAGCACCAUCCUUAAAAACAGUAAAAGCCGUACACAGCACAAAAUCAGACCCUUUGCCUUACUACAGUGACUGUGUAUGCGUUAUUGUUCUUAAAAAAAAAAAAUUUCGGCAGCUUUUAGCCGAAUAGCAUUAGCAACGGUUAGCAUCUAUUACUGUAGCAUUAUCACCAUUCUGUCUGAUUAUGCAUUUCAUGUCUGGGUUCCUGUGUAAACUAUGUGUUUAU